GCCCAUCAUAAAUUUCAUUUAAAAAAAAAACAGAUACCUAAACUAAAACUCGUCUCUCAGGAAUCUAAAUUGUGCAGACAGUGCUUCAUUUAAAUGUCUGAUUAGUAAAGCUCGUCAUGUUAAAGAGUAGCCGGAAAUCGCUCGUGUUAUGUUCCGCUUCAGCUCCAUUUAGUUUCGGAAUUAACGCUCAAAAAAAGGGUACGCUUCGUUUUUGUAUUUCUUGUCUCCAUGCUUGGUCCAAUAAUGGUGUACAACUCACAAACACGACCAAAACUAGCUCACUUAGCACUAAUAUUAAUGAUGCAUUAGCCUCUUUUAACCACAUGCUUCACAUGAAUCCCAUGCCCUCUGUUAUUGAGUUUAAUAAAUUAUUAUCUUCAAUUGUGAAAGCCAAGCGUUUUCAGACAGGGGUUUCUCUGUUAAAACAGAUGGAUUUGGUUGGAAUUUCUUAUGAUGUUUGUACUAUUAAGAUUCUCACUAAUUGCUUUUGCAAUCUACAUCAUGUCGGUUUCGGGUUUUCCAUGGUGGGAAGAAUUAUUAAACUCGGAUUUCGGCUCGACAUUAUUAUGCUUACCACUUUGAUUAAUGGGCUUUGUCGAGACGGUAAAAUUGCGCAGGGGGUUGAGUUGUUUGAUCAAAUUGUGGCGGAGGGUUAUCGUCCUGAUGUUUAUACGUAUACCGUCAUUAUCAACGGUCUUUGUAAAAUUGGAAAAUCGCACGCUGCCACCAGUUUACUCAAGAGGAUGGUUGACAGUGGUUGCGAACCUAAUGUGGUCUCGUACAGCGCUAUUAUUGAUAGUCUUUGCAAGGAUACUUUUGUGUCGGAGGGAUUUGAACUAUUCUCAGAGAUGAAGGGAAAAGGCAUAUUGCCUGAUGUUUUCACUUACACGUCGUUGAUUCAUGGUUUUUGCAAUUCUGGCCGAUGGAAGGAAGCGUCGGCUCUACUUAAGGAAAUGAUGGAUGAGAACAUCACGCCGAAUAUAGUCACGUUCAAUGUAAUGAUCAGUGAGCUUUGUAAGGAUGGAAAGGUUUCUAAGGCUAAUGGUAUAGUAAAAAUAAUGACGGAGAGAGGAAUAGAACCUGAUAUUUUCACCUACAAUACGUUGAUGGAUGGAUAUUGUUUACAAAACAACAUCAAUCGAGCUAAAAGAAUCUUUCGCAUGAUGGUUACUAAGGGCUGUAGUCCUGAUACUUUUACCUACACUAUCUUGAUUCACUGGUAUUGUAAGAGCAAAAGCAUAGAUGAGGCGAAGCGGCUUCUUGGUGAAAUGACUAGUAAAGGUUUAGUUCCCGACAUGUUUACUUAUAAUACUCUUAUGCGUGGGUUAUGCCAAGCAGGAAGCCCUUUGGAUGCACACGAGCUUUUCAAGAAUAUAUGUGCCCACGGCCAUCUUCCAAGUACUGUAACUUACUCGAUUCUGAUUGAUGGCUUCUGUAAACAUGGCGAUCUUGAUGCUGCAUUGACCCUAUUUCAUGAAAUGCAUAAGGGAAGGCUGAGGCCCAACAUUGCUAUCUACAAUAUCCUAAUUGAUGGCAUGUGUAAAGCUGGUAAGCUUGAAGAUGCAAAGGAUCUUUUUUCAAAACUUUCCGUUGAAGCGUUGCAACCUGAUCUUCACACAUUUACUGCACUAGUCAAGGGAUUUUGCAAUGGAGGUUUGCUAGAUGAGGCAUAUGAGGUGUUUGGAAAAAUGGAAGAGGAUGGCUGCCCACCAAACAGUUGCUCUUAUAAUGUUAUCAUCCAGGGAUUUCUCCGGCACAAGGAUCUGCAAGGAGCAAGACGUCUUAUUCAUGAAAUGCUUGAUAAGGGUUUCUCUGCAGAUGCCACCACAACUGCCUUAGUUAUAGAUUUAAUGUCCAAUGAUGAUGUCACUAUGAAAAAGCUACUAGAUCAUGUAGAGAAUUAGCAUGCUGAAAUGGAAAAAUUUAUCGACUAGGAUUUCUGCAAACUGCAAGUUCUCUUCCGUGAGCUAAGAGAUUCGUGUAGAAAAGGUAAAGUCACUGAUGGUGGCAGAUAAUGGCAUUUUCCGGUGGGAUGAGGAUAUUCUUACUGAUUUGUUUAAUGAGACUGAUCAGCGAAGAAUUAGGACUAUUCCUCUAAAUAAUGCGCACUAUGAAGACAGGACAAUUUGGCUGCCUGAUUUGAGAGGCAUUUUUUCGGUGCGUAGUGCUUAUAGAAUUCAGCAGCUCAAUAUUUCACGUACUAGUCAUAUAAACUCAAAGUUCUUGCAACAAUUAUGGACAAGGAGGAUCCCUUCAAAAUAUAAGGUGUUUAUGUUGAGGGCUACUAGAAAUUGGUUGCCUACGAGGGAUAACCUGAUUAGUCGUAGAGUCGAGAUGCAAGGUAACUGUACUUUCUGACUUUUUGUAGUGAUUAUGUUGAAUCUGUUGUGCAUGUUCUAUUUGCUUGUAAUCUGGCAUUGCAAUGUAACCUAGAUAAUGUGAUUCAAGGUUUGAAUUCUGUAGAUCAACUAUGGGACAAAUUGUAUCAGCAUGGGCAUACAAAUUUAAGUGAACCAGCUGUUAUGGUCUUUUGGAGCUUAUGGGGGGGCGAGAAAUGAUCUAUUGUGGAAUAAUAAGCAUGUUUCAGCUAAAGAAAUUGUAAAUAGAACAGGACAGACUCUGCAUCAAUGGCAGACGGCAAAUGGAAGUCAUAUUCAGUUUAAGAUGGAUUCGAUGCUAAGUGGGGGCGAUGUUUCUUGGAGUAAGCCUCAGUCUGGAGAAUUGAAGAUGAAUGCUGCUUUUAAUAAUACCCAUCGCUGUAUGGCAGCUGUUAUUCGUGAUGAUAGAGGACAGUGGGUAGGAAGUUUAUUAUUUCCAAAUUGUUAUGCUCCAAACACAGCUGUAGCGGAAGCUUGGGGAUUAAAAGAGGCGCUUUCGUGAUUAAAUGUUAAGAUACAACAAAGGCGACGGUGGAAAUGGAUUGCCAACGGGUUGUCCAUGCGCGUCAUAUAGAAAUAGAUCCACAGUCCUAUUUCCUAUGUUUAAUUUCUGAUUGUAAGCAUUUACUGAGUACUAUGAGUAAUGUUUCUGUUAAGUUUGUUUUUCGUUCUGCGAA